GGAUUUGGUUUUGUGACAAUGUCUACACUCAAAGAGGCUGAUCGUUGCAUCAAAUAUUUGGAUCGCUCCGUGCUUGAAGGUCGUGUUAUCACAGUGGAGAAGGUAACCUGUUUUGCAAUUUUUUUGGUCUAUCGCCAGGUGUUAUGACCAUUUUAUAUUGAUAUUUGAGCACGUAAUUGUCUUGAGGACACAUAUGGUUUGCUAUUAGAUGUUUGAGUUUGAAAGUUGUUUGCUUCUUUUCGCCUGAAGUUUUUUGGCAGCAGGGUAGCUGUGCGUAGCAGCGCUCUUCACCAAAGUUCAAACUAACAAAUCAAAUCAAACACAUCAAGCAAAUAUCGGACCAUUAAUCCAGAGGGCGAAGAGGCGGAGAGGUCGAACACCUACUCCAGGAAGGUACCUUGGGUUGAGAACAAUCAGUGUGAGGCGUCGAUCUCGGAGUUGCUCGCCUAAUUACGGGAGUCGUUCUCCUAGCUACUCAUAUGAACGUUAUAGGAGCAGGAGCAGAUCAUAUUCCCCUUACUACCAUCGGCGGCAAUCAUACUCCCCUUACUAUCAUCGACGCAGAUCCUACUCUCCUUACUAUACCCGUGGAAGGUCGUGCACAAGGUCUCGCUCCCCAUACAACUGGUCACCAAUCAGCAGGCGUGAUCGGUCUUAUUCUCCCUACUAUUCCCGGGACUACUCACCCAAAUACCAUUACUACCGAAGAAGCCGCUAUCGCUCCAUUUCUCAAAGCCUUUCACCAAGGUCGCACAGGUAUUCGAGGAGGAGCUUCUCACACAGUGUCUCACCCGUGCGUUCCAGAAGGAGUUAUGCACGGAAUAUCUCCCCAAGGCGAUCAAGGAGAAGCUACUCUCGCAGUGUUUCCCCAUGGACAAGGAGGAGCUCGAGGAGGGGCUAUUCCCGUAGCAUUUCUCCUAGACGAAGGAGAAGCUCAAGGAGGAGCAUCUCUCGUGGCUCUGCUUAUAAGCAUGGAGACUCUUGGGAUAGCUAUUGUUCUGGAAGCCAUAAAAGCAGUCGUAGUGCUAGUGUGUCUUCUGGAUCCGUUUCAAGAUCUGUUACUCCUAGGUCAGUUUCACCUUCGAGGUAAAGGGUUUUAAGAAAAUCUUGCCGUUGCUUAGUGUUUUGUGUUGUUAUGGUUCUGUAUUAUGGAGUCUAUAUGUUAAAGAGAUUGUAUGAGAUCUAUUUGAUACAUUUAUAUGUAAAUCUGUAUUUAGUUAGGUGUCUUUCUGUCGGUGUUGUGGCAUGGCUAUAGGAUGAAUCUAAUCGUCUCCUGGUUGUUUGAUUUCGGGUGACAUAGAGUUCUCCUUAUAUAAUGCUGAUGUAUGAAGCUAUGGAAUGUCGGAGGUGCUUGUGCUUAAACCUCUUGAUUGUGCUAGUAAAUUUCUCUUUUUGUUGUUACAUGAGCAAAUCUCUAUGCCCGUUCAAGCCAGUUUCAGGCUCAAAUUGUGGAAUGUAAUUUUAGGGUAGUGUAGUUUCUUUCCGAAUGUGAACAGA